AUGAUAAGAGCAGGAUCAAUUGGAAUAAGAGCGACAUAUGAUGAGGAAUAUGACGAAAAUGGGCAGGAGAUAGCUGAUACUGAAUGGGACGAGAAGGGAAACAACAACAUCUCUCACAUAUACGUUUCUUACAACAACUGUAUCAUAACAUCUAUUCAGUUUGGUUACUUGGACAAUGGAGGCAUUGGAGAUCUGAUCCUCUCUACGAAGUUUGGUGUCUCUGAUGGACAGAACUUUCGAGCUGUCAUACUGAAUGAAGAUGAAUAUGUGACUGGAUUGAGUGGAGUACGAGGACUGCUUGAAGGAAUUAAGAGUUAG